AUGUCCAUAGAUAUCAACUGGGAGGCCGCCACCUCUGGACCCGACGGGGAGGAGCUCGCUGAACGAAUCCGAUGCUUCAUCCACGACAAAUUCCAGCAGAUAGCGCUCCCGCGAUUCAUCCGCUCCGUGGAAGUGAAUUCGUUUGAUUUCGGGACGGUUUCACCAGAGCUGCAGGUCAGGGACAUAUGCGACCCGUUUAACGAUUUUUACGAAGAAGAUGAGGAUGGCGCAGACCUAUCUGACAGUUCUGAGGGCGAUGAACCUGUUCCUUCGAGUAUGAGUCUAAGCCAGUCGACGCUGAAGGGAGAUGCGGGUAGUCCUAGCAGCAGCAACGAUGAUGGCAGCGGGAAUUCGAAUGGCCGGUCGGGAUAUUUCCAGCGAAGACGUGGGUCCAGGGAAUAUUCCGGGGAGAUUCCACAGCCAUUGAUGUCGCCUAUUAAUCUGGGGGAGUCGUUUAACCCAUAUCUAUUUCCUCGAACGGGAACUCCCGGUAUACCGGGAGGAACGUCUCAUAUUGGGUAUUACAAUAUGCCACGCGGGGGGCUUUCUGGGACCCAGACUCCACUGGCGUCUGUUGCAUCUGUGGCCAGGGGCGGGCCGUUAUCACUGGCGGAGGGAUGGCCACCUCCUGCUCGGCAAAGGGAGCGUGCCCGUAGCUCAGAUACAGAUGUGGAUUCACCUCAGUCUCGAUCACGGCCGUCCACGUCAAGCACGCGGCAAGUUACUCCUGUCGAGGGCGGCACACCCCGGGACCCCGCAGAGAUACCAGAGUCAGAGUCAAUUAUCACGGGCCAUCUGGAUAGUGCGCUGCCGGCGCGGCGUAUGAGAGAACAGAAGCCAGAUGAUUUCCAGGUUCUUUGCCGGUUGCAGUAUUCUGGGAACAUGAGGUUAUCGAUAACAGCUCAGAUACUGCUUGAUUACCCCAUGCCUAGCUUUGUAGGGCUGCCGCUGAAGCUUAACAUUACUGGAUUUACGUUCGAUGGAGUUGCUGUUGUAGCGUACAUCCGGAAGAGGAUACAUGUUUGCUUUCUAUCACCUGAGGAUGCAGAUACUUUGCUUGGAGCAGACGACAAGAUGACUACUACUGAAGACUACCAUGAGCAUCACGGCCACCAUAGCCACCAUUCUGGAAGUGCUAAUACGACUGGCUCACGGCGUUCCAAUGAGAGCCUUCUACGAGAGAUACGGGUUGAGAGCGAGAUUGGGCGCAAAGAGAGCGGGAAGCAAGUGUUGAAGAAUGUGGGGAAAGUAGAGAAGUUUGUCCUUGAGCAGGUUCGCCGGAUCUUCGAAGAGGAGUUUGUGUAUCCUAGUUUCUGGACAUUCCUUGUUUAG